AUGGACCAUCAGUUGAGGAUUAAGGAGAAUGAUCGCUUUUCAGCUCAAGCUACCAGCAUGUCUCACUUGAGCAAUGUCAACAGGCUUAUCAAGGAUAAACUCACAGCGGACCAACUUGAUAUGUUUCGUAGAAGAACAAUAUUUGGUCGAUUUGUCGACUUGGAGAUGAUGUUCUGCAGUGGUGUAGUUCAUCACUUUCUGUCAAGGGAGGUUGUUGGGAGCAGUGACGACAGCAUGAGUUUCUUAAUUGGUGGCAACGUGUUGACAUUCUCGAAGGAUCAAUUCAUGCUUAUAACGGGAUUGUGGCGGCUGCCUGAGUUUGUGGAGGUUUACAAGCAGACUGAUUUUGAGGACGACGAGGACGCCGUUAAAGUGACAUUAAUUUUGUACACGGAGCUUGUGAUGAUGGUAAAGAGCAAGAGCAAGUCGAAGGUUGACAUCGACUUGUACAACCAAGUCGAUGACUUGAACUACUUCAACCAUUUGGACUGGGGUUCUGAUGUCUGA